UGACAUCAUUUUUAACAAUUCAAUUAACUAUGAAUUCUAUUGUUAUGAUCCUCUCGUAUGCUGUACCAUCAAUCACAUUUAUCGUACAAUACUAUUCGUUUUAUGCUAAAUCCUACGCGGUAAGUAAGUUAACUCCUCUUUAUCCUGUCACUACGUCUCACUUAACGUUCAGAGAUUACCUGAAAUAAUCCGACACAGGUGAAACGAAUGUGGAAAAAUAUUCGUGAUAGUUGGAAUCUUUUGAAAGACGAAGCAGAGCGGGAUAUAAUGCGACAGUAUUCAUCCCAUGGUGAAUUACACACGAUAUUAAUAACAUUGAGUGUCAUCGGAACUCUUCUUCUAUAUGCAUUCUUUGAAUUUAUGCCAACCAUUUUGGACGUAAUUUUUCCGUUGAAUGAAACUCGUGCACACGAGUUACAUGCUUUGACAGAAUAUUUCGUCGAUGAGGAAAAAUAUUUUUAUAUAAUUUUAUGUCAUUGGUUGAUAGGAACAUAUUUUGAAGGUUUUGUCUGUAUAGCCACAUAUACUUUACAGCUUGCAUACAUCCAUCAUAUUUGUGGAUUAUUAAAAAUUGCCAGCUAUCGAAUUGAACAUUCACUCGACACAUACAUAUUGUACAAUUCUAUCCAAGAAGAUCACACAGCUAUUCAGAACAUAUGUGCUGCUGUGAAUAUACAUCGAAGAGCCCUCGAAUGCAGCGAAUUUUUCAUGGUCACAUUUGCCCCAACAUUUUUCAUAAUAAUCGUAAUCAGCGUUGCAUCUUUAAGCUUUAACUUGUUCCGAGUAAGUUAUUCUCCUUAA